AUGAGCUCCCCCAUCGGCAAGAGCCGCUCCCUUGCCGCCGUCCUCCAACAGCUGCGCCACCUGGGGCAGCCCCCCAGAGCCGUGACGUCUGCGGCGUGCGCGCCUCCUCGGCCGCGGGAGGUGCCCCUCUGCCCGGUGAUGGAACGCGGCGAGGCGCAGGACGCGGCCGCCCUGCCGGGUCCCACCAACUGGCCGCUGCUGGGCAGCCUGCCGGAGAUUCUCUGGAAAGGGGGGCUCAAGAAACAGCACGACACGCUGGCCGAGUACCACCGGAAAUACGGCAAGAUUUUCCGCAUGAAGUUGGGUUCCUUCGACUCGGUGCACCUGGGCUCGCCGUGCCUGCUGGAAGCGCUGUACCGCACGGAGAGCGCGUACCCCCAGCGGCUGGAGAUCAAGCCCUGGAAAGCCUAUCGGGACUACCGCCGGGAGGGCUACGGGCUGCUGAUCCUGGAAGGAGAAGACUGGCAGAGAGUUCGGAGUGCCUUCCAGAAGAAACUAAUGAAACCAGUGGAAAUUAUGAAGCUGGACAACAAAAUCAAUGAGGUCUUGGCUGAUUUUAUGGGUAGAAUAGAUGAGCUCUGUGAUGAGAGAGGCCGCAUUGAAGGCUUAUACAGCGAACUGAACAAAUGGUCAUUUGAAAGCAUCUGCCUUGUGCUCUAUGAGAAGAGAUUUGGACUCCUUCAGGAGAAUGCAGGAGAUGAAGCUUUGAACUUCAUCACGGCCAUCAAAACAAUGAUGAGCAUGUUUGGGAGGAUGAUGGUGACCCCAGUUGAGCUGCACAGGAGCCUCAAUACCAAGGUCUGGCAGGCCCAUACGCAGGCCUGGGACACCAUCUUCCGAUCAGUCAAAUCUUGCAUCGACAGCCGGUUGGAGCACUAUUCUGAGCAGCCCAGCAAGGAUUUCCUUUGUGAUAUUUAUCUCCACAAUCAGCUUUCCAGGAAAGAACUGUAUGCAGCUGUCACAGAGCUCCAACUGGCUGCAGUAGAAACGACGGCAAACAGCUUAAUGUGGAUUCUCUACAAUUUAUCCCGUAAUCCCCGUGUGCAACAAAAGCUUCUGAAGGAAAUUCAGAGUGUAUUGCCUGAGAAUCAGAUGCCACGGGCAGAGGAUUUGAGGAAUAUGCCAUAUUUAAAAGCCUGCCUGAAAGAAUCCAUGAGGCUGACCCCAAGUGUACCAUUUACAACCCGGACUCUUGACAAAGCUACGGUUCUGGGUGAAUAUGCUUUACCCAAAGGAACAGUGUUGAUGCUCAAUACCCAGGUGUUGGGAUCCAAUGAAGAAAAUUUUAAAGAUUCCAGUCAGUUUAGGCCCGAACGGUGGCUUCAGGAGAAGAAAAAGAUUAAUCCUUUUGCGCAUCUUCCGUUUGGUGUUGGGAAGAGAAUGUGCAUCGGUCGCCGACUGGCUGAGCUCCAGCUCCACUUGGCUCUGUGCUGGAUCGUCCGCAAAUACGACGUCCUGGCCACGGACGACAAGCCCGUGGAGAUGCUGCACCUGGGUAUUCUGGUACCCAGCCGGGAGCUCCCCAUAGCCUUCUGCCGGCGGUAG